ACAUCAGUACCAGUUAUGAGACUAAAGGAGACGGUGGAGGCGUGGCUGUAGGGUCUAUUUGACAAAACAGAGAACUGAGACAUAUGAACGCAGAGACAAAUUGUGCUAAAAAGGGAACAAAGUAGGGAUAUCUAUAAAAACCAAGGAGGAAACCAUAGUGGAUGGAUGCCACAGCUGUUGCAAGGAUGUGGAACGGCACGGAUCCUCUGAGAAAUGAUACCUUUUCUUGUGCGUCCCCAUCUGUCGAGGGCUACCGUUAUUUUGGCGUCCUCUUGGGAUCGGCUGUGACCAUAGUAGGAACCAUAGGGAAUAUUCUGACGGUCCUCGCCUUUGCUACUGAUGCCAGCCUGAGGACACGUUUCAAUGUUCUCAUAGUAAACCUUGCCCUCGCUGACCUUCUUUACUGCACGAUGCUCCAACCGGUCAGCGUUGACUCGUACCUGCACCUGCACUGGAGAGGCGGAGCCACAUGGUGCCGGAUGUUUGGAUUCCUUCUGUUCCUGUCCAACAGCGUGUCCAUUAUAACAUUAUGCCUCAUCGCUAUGAGCCGUUACUUGGUUGUUGCGCAUCGCACUUCUCGCUGCGCCCGUCUGCUCCUGUCCCACCGUGGAGUGGCAGUGCUCCUCAUCUCAUCCUGGCUACUGGGUCUAGCCAGUUUCGCCCCACUUUGGCCCGUCUAUGUGUUUGCCCCGCAAGUGUGCACCUGCAGUUUUCACCGCAGUAAAGGGCGGCCUUACACCACCGUGCUGCUUUUCCUGUACUUCUUCUUGGGCUUGGGUUGUGUGGGCCUUUUCUACUUACUGAUCUACCGUAAGGUGCGUGUAGCCGCUAAGGCUUUUCUGAAGUACAGGCCCAGUCGUCGCUCAUCAAAACGCAAGCAGGCCGAAGCUGAAGCGGCGACGGAUGACAGCGGGAUCAGUGCUGGAGCUUCAACAACUCAAAGCUGUGAGAUCAGUAAUGAUGAAGCAGGAGCGGAGCAGAAUAGGAACAAAGCAGAGGAGAAAUCCGAGGGCCACACAACCACAAAAGAACCAAAAAACUCCAUUCAAGAUGCCUCAAAAGACAUAGAAACGUCUUCUAAACCAUCUCCGAUAACAAUCCAGACCACUCCAGCUGCCGGCUCAGGAGAGGACAGUGAAUUUAAGCGUGUAACUCGAAUGUGCUUUACAGUUUUCUUGUGUUUUGUCGGCUGCUUUGCGCCAUUUCUGCUGCUGAAUGUCUCUGAUAAGGCGAACCGUGCACCACAGGUCAUUCAUAUGUUCUGUGCAAAUCUCACUUGGUUAAAUAGUUGCAUUAACCCUUUGUUGUAUGCAGCCAUGAACCGGCAGUUUAACCAGGCCUACAAAGACCUACUACACAAAGCUGUACAUCCAUUAACCUGGAUAUGGAGGACCCGUCGGUUCACAACAAGUUAAGCGAUAAUUACAAAUGUUAUCCAAGUAAUUUCAAAAUGAAUAUGACUGAAAGCUAAUGCUUUUUAAGUGGCCUUGUGCUGUAGAUGUUCAGUGACCUCACAUAUUAUGUAUAAUGAAAUAUGGAGCUGCACUCCAUUCAUUCUAUGGAGAACAUCACAGUUCUCGGGUUUAUUUUUAUUCAUCUCCAUCAGCUGCAUAUAUAAAGCACAAUUAAACCAAUAGAACCAAAUAUAACUCAAAACUGCAUGCCAUAUACAUUUGAUGUAUUAUGUUCUGUUUUAUAUUCCAUUCACUUUCUAUAUUGUCAAAUAGCUUGUACUUCUUUAUUUGGCUCAUUUUUGACUAUUAUGGUCCGAAGGCAUUUCUUUUCAAGCAGUGGGAUUUUCCAGUUCUAGCAAAGAUCGGAAAGAAAAUGUGUCUUUUGGCUUUUCACUGCAAACGCACAAACUUUCUCUGUUUCAUUUCCUCAUUUUUCUGUUUGCACAUAGUCAGUAAUUAUGCGUGCUACCAAAGGAAUGAUUCAUAAUGACAUUAAGAACAUUAUAUUUUGUAACCUUACGCACAAAUGAACAUGGGAGUUUACAGCUGGGUGAUGGAGACAACAAGGACAUGCCUUACUGUUUAUUACCUCACAUAGGAAACCACGAGAGUUUCUUAAAUCCUCUUUUGCUUGCUGUGUUGUUUCCAUUUUGAUAUAUUUACUCUUUAAGCUGGAUCUCCAGAAUAUGAAAUAAGUUGUAUGAUUUUAUUUUUAAGUUUUAUUUGCAGUUCUUUGACAUGUAGGUGGAUCUGUAACGUGUAUAUUGCACAUCAUAUCAGUGUUCUACAAUUAAAAUAUGAUU